GUGAUUGCCCUGGAACCCUUAGAUCUUCUGGUGCUGCUGAAGAAGGACUAUGAUGCAAUGAUCGAUCGACUAUCCAAGAAGGAAUUAGAGUCAACAGUAGAGUUCCUUCAGCAGGUGCCAUUGUUGCAGAAUUGCCCGUCAUCGAAGAUACAGAAACUGGCAGAAGCAGCCGUUGAUCGUUCGUAUGUUCGACACUCGAUCAUUGUGCAUCAAGGAGACCCGCCAUCCAGUGUGUAUAUAAUCAAAUCUGGAGAGUGCAGAGUUCUUAUCCCUUCCGGAUAUUACGGGGACAUAUCAACAGCAUCGGAUCGACAAGUGGGCCUCCUGCCCCCAUUGGCAAGCGGGGCGACUACAGCAAGAGAGCAUAGACACAAUGAUGACGGAGGAGCUCAUGAGGAGAAGCGGAGGCACUCAUCUAGUACGCAGCAUCAGCAGCCAUGGAAGGCCACCAUAGGAGGAGCAGGAGGGGGAGGAGGAGGGGCUAAUACGUCUAGAAGCAUGGGUGGAGGUGGGUCAGGUGGGGGUAUUACAGCUAGGAGUAUGGGUGGAGGGGGGGGAGUAGGGAGUUUUACACAUAGAAGCUUUGGUGGACCACAAAGAGUAGUCUUGGGAGGCUCUGCUAGCUUAGCGUCAGAACUUUCAAAGCCUGCGCUUGGUGACCCAUUCAUAAGACCAGGAAUCUCCUUUGACUUUUCUUGUGCAUCGCAUCAAACCCCAGGCGCUGGAGGUUGGGGAGGAGGAAGAGGAGGAGGGAAUUGGAAGGCGAGUAGAAGGAAUGGUGAAAAGCAAUUCCGGAAGGUUCUUCAGCUUGCCGUAGUUGGGCCUUGGUCGACUUUUGGAGAUUACUCUGUGCUUUGCAGUGUUCCAGAGCCAUCCACCAUCAUCGCAGGAACUGUAGUCCAGGUCAUAAUGAUCGAUGGCCGAAUUUUCUGUGACAUCUUGUCGGAGAAACAACAGCGGUCUAUUCAACAGUUCAGCUGUCAGAGAGUGAGAUGGUGGCUGAAACGCAGGAAGAAGAUGUUAAAGAUAGGCACAAAGGAGAGUUACCAUUUUAGGAAACUGAAAGAGAAGAUGCAACAGUACUGGCAGCGAUUGUCGGGUAGCAAACAUUCCAAAGCGAGUAUUGUCGAGACGGAGACGUUGCGAUUGAUGAGGGAGAUGGGAGAAGGGGGAGAAGAAGGGAGCGAAGAGGAUGAAGAGGAUGACGACGUAGAAGAGAAAGCCCUCUUCAAGCAACACAAACGUGAAGAUGUUCAAGAGGACACUGUCUUCUUGGCCAAGAUGGACGCUCACAUGAAGACGAGGGGUUUGAGGGGAAGAGAUAACAGAAAAGCUCGCUGGUGGAGGCGGCGGUUGUCAACGAUGAAGAGAAGAAAGAGACAUUCAAGCAUCGUGCAAAUCGCCGGCAAGUUGAUGAUAAACCGACACUCAUGGAAAGAGCUGCUGCGCGAUGCAAAGGAGGACCGUGGACUCGUGGUGACAGCGGAGGGGGAUGGGAACAAGAUCAGAUACGAAGCAUCUGCUUCUGUAACGGCAGAGCCGACAAUGUCAUGGACAACAUUAUCGACUUCAGCAGGAGAGUUGACGGCAUUGAUGACCAUGGAAGAGUCUAUAUUGACAUCACCAGCAACCAUCGAGUCAAAAUCAACGCUCGGCUCAUCGGCAACCCCAGGCCAACAUAAGGCUGAGCGAAGUGUCAAAUCAAUGGUGGAGAGUAGUAAGGACUCUAAGGAAGCUAUUGGAUUCAAUAGAACUGCGAGUCCGAGAGCAGAAAAGUUGGGUUUCUCUGGAACCAAGCCACGUUCAAAAAAAGCCCGAGUCCGUUCCAAACUGCGGCUAAGUCUAUACUAUCCUAUUCGUUGGCAAAUCAUUCGAUUACUCAAUGCAAUACAGCAGUCAAUCGAAACAGAGGUAGGACCUGAUGAAGAAGUAACUGAAGAGGCAGAGAAAGAAGGAAAGGAGGCCAUUUAUACGGAGGGGUUACCGUAUCUCGAGUAUAAUCAAUGUUGUGAAGAAGCCAGGGACGGCAAGAGCUUCUCACCUCCUGUGUGGACGACUGCCAAUGGUUAUCACUUUCAUGAUGACGGUUGUGGCGCCAGCGUGGAGACAUGUUCCAAUAAGUGGACAUUACCAUCAACAAGCAAACAGGAAGACGGGAAGCCUCGUCAACAUCCACUUGUCCCUCGCCUGGACUUGACACAUGUGCAGGCAGAUGUGCAAUUGGGCUCACCCUAUACACAUGGCAGUGGAAUGGCAGGCUUCGAUAAAAAGGUGGUGGGAUCUGGAACAAUGGAACAGAAUGAGCUGCGUGGUGAGCGAGGACCGGAUGAUCCAGGAGGAGCAGGAGACGGAGGAGGAGGAGGAGGAGGAGGAAGAAGAGGAGGGAGGCAAACGGUAGAAGAUGGUCAAUGGUCAUGGUCUCUGCGGAACUUCCGCUUUGGACCCAGCUGUACGAUUGUAAAUGCCGAUGAAAAUCAGACCAGGUUGGAAGAAUGGUAUGGCCGUGGACAUGCAAUGGCACGGAAGCGCCUCAGGCUACCCAAGAUCCGCCAGCUCUACCACUCGGGAAAUGGCGAUAAUGGGGAAGCUGUUUCUCCUGUUGGCAAAGCAGUUGUUUCAUUUGAUCUUCCUACGGAGGAUGCAUUCAGAGGGCAACCUAUCGUAGAUGGUCAUGUAGGAGAACUACCCCUUUCAUCAGAAAUUAGUGGUAUCUCAAUCCCGAUCUCAAUCUACUCAGCACUGUCACUCAAUGCACUGCUUAGCGACGACACAACAUUGUCAGGAGAAAGAUUUCAGGACAAUGUCGUACAAUUUGCCGUGUUGUCGGGCGAGGGGAAAACGGUCGAGAUAUCUUCCAGGCUUGGAACUGCUGAUGGGAACAAGGCACCGGAUAGAGUAAUUAAGGAGUUUGGGAGAAGGAUGGCUGAACUCAUCACUUCAACAUCAUUGUCUGACGUCGAUGACGAGCCGCCAGUGGAUCCAUCGACAAGGUCAGUGACAGAGGACCUUGCCAGCCCAGGAGCAGAAGCAAAGGCUGAACUGAGAAGACUGGAAAUCACAGGCGACUGGCGGACAGCUCGCGAUCUUGAAGAAAUCCUCAGAGAGGCAUCUAACAAACUCAUUGCGGAGCGAAGGGCUCACAAGGCAAGCCAAUCGAUCGAUGCCAGGCCACCAGCGGCGGCAACAGGAGCAGGAGGAGGGAAAGCAGCACCCAUACCAGGAGGAGGGGAAGGAGGAGGAACAGUGGCAGUAACAGCCGAAGGGGGGGGAGAAGGAGGUAGGGUGGGGGAAGGAGGAGGAGGAGGAAGGGGAGAAGGAGGAUCAGAAAAUCAAAGGAAGGUUGAUGCAGCUGAAGAUGGUCCUGUCGACAACACCACCGCCAGCGAUGAUCUGCUGGCCGCCAAGGCAUCCCAGCCAUGUCCAAGUGACACGCAGCCCUCAAUGGCGCACAGUGAUUGCAAUAGAAGUCCUUCAUUUAAUAUUGGCCAAUCCAGCGCUUUUUCGCCAGAGUCGUUGAGCAGGAUGAGCAGGUACGGCCUCCUUGAUAUCUUGAUUCCGCCGCCUAUACUCAGCCGCGUGAACUUGGCAACUCCCAUAACAUCGAAAACGGCAGAGUAUUCCGCAGCAAUCAGCGCAAAGUACGGUGCAAAAAGGCGGGAUUCCGAGGACAGUACUGACAAGGAGCAAGCGGAGGACCCCGGCAUAGCGUUCUCGCAAGCAUCCAAGCCACUCCUACCACAAAGUGGUGAACCAAGUACACAACAAACCGUUCCAGUUCCAGCCAGCGGUUCUGUUUUCAAACAGACCAACGAGGUAAAUCUGAGUUCAAGGCGGGCAUCAGUGCUGAUUGAUAAUGAGUUGGCCAUUGCCAGCUCGAUCGCCACUGUGACAUCCCCGAUGAAUAAAGACAGGAAAGGAUACCAUGUACUUUUCCCACUCAGUCUGACUGAACGUGCGGCACUGCCACAGGCUAUUGCCGAGUCCCAUCCAUCCAGUACUUCAGUACCAUGGCCACUUUCGUCGCGAUUGGCACCUCCGGCGUCUAGUCAAUCCACUUCCAGUCCCCGUCUCUUUCAGGCCGCAGCAACUGGUCGCUUUGUACCUGCUGGACCUGGACUAGGAUCUGGACCUGGAACUCAGCGGGAAUCUUCCAAGGCAACACUCAGUGCCAUGAGCUCUGCAAAGACGCUGUAUUCAGGGCAUCAUGGGUUGGUAAGCCCUGCGCAAAGUGUACGUUUCCUGCCCUCCACUCAUCUUAAUGAGCUUACCAGGAGUGGCAAAAGUUUGCAUCCAGGUUCUUCUUCGCAGGCCAGCGGACAACCACCUGAACGUCAUGCACUUUCUUCUCAUCGGGCCCGUCCUCCUCCCGUUCCUUCAGCAGCUGCUGCUGUGCCCGACGAUCCAAGCGCGCGUAGGAAGCUCGUGCAGGAUACUGCGGCGUGGCACAGAUCGACCCACUGGCAGUGGUGGCUAGAGCUGCUGGAGAAGCAGAAGAAGAAGGGCAAAUCAGAGAUUGCCUUCGGUCGCUCAGCAACACAACUACCUGGCAGCAAGGGCCGAAGUGCAUGGCUAGUAAGCGCUCCUGCUGCUGCAGAUGCCAAGGCAUCAGCAGCUGCUGAUGUUGCGUCGCCAAAGACGCAGCAGAACGAAAAAGAAACCCCUUCUGACAGUGUACUAAACAACAGCAAUAGCAGCAAUAAGAAGAAAUUGAAACAGAGGGAUCCCCCAUGGAAGGCAAGGAAACGAUGGUUCGUUCCAUCACCAACGAUCAAGGAGAGCGAAGAAGAGGCAGCAAAAGCAGCUGCGCGGGGGCCCUACGCUGACAAGUCCGCAACUUAUCGAUACGAAAAGGCGACGGCUUGGCUAAAAGAGAAUCGGAAGCCCGCAAAGAAAACGGAUCACAAGUGGGUGAAUUACGACAUCAACAUGUCAUGCAUGCCUCGUGAGAAGUGCAGCUUGCUACGUGCAUCCUCCACUUGUGACAGCCCAAAGACAAAAGUGCAAUCCAGGUACUAACACUGCAAUGAGCCCUACGCUUGAUGCUUCACCUGUCAACUGAUUUCACGCAUGGACUCAAAAUGUCGCAAAUUGAAAG